GGACGAAACAAGACACCGUUUCCUGAUACCGUUCACCCAGUGAAUUUAUGACAUUCCUCUCUUCCCCCGCAAUCUAUAGAUGCAGGACGAACCUAGACAGGUAAAAGUAAUACAGGGAAGAUGGACCCAAAAUCCCCUGCAGUUACUGAUCUGUCCAAGGGAUCACCAAAUAAUAAAGAGGAAAUGACUACUGAACAGACUGCACAGGAAGGAUCCUCUUCUAGGGUUAUCACAAUAGUUUUCUUCUCACUUCUACUGGAUCUUCUUGGGUUUACCCUCAUUCUUCCUCUUCUUCCCUCCAUCUUAGACCACUACAGUAAAAAAGACGAUGGUGUCUACAAUUCUCUGCAGAAUGUGGUGGACUGGUUUAGAGUUGCUGUCGGAAUUCCUCUGGAAGUAAAAUAUAAUAGUGUUCUUUUUGGCGGAUUAAUUGGAUCCCUUUUUUCUUUCCUUCAAUUCCUUUCCUCUCCGGUGAUGGGAGCUGCAUCUGAUUGCUACGGCAGAAGACCACUGAUACUGCUAACGACAGUGGGUGUGAUGACCUCCUAUCUCCUAUGGGUGUUUUCUCACAGUUUCAGCAUCUUCCUUCUGUCUCGUAUUGUUGGCGGAAUUUGUAAAGGCAAUGUCAGUCUUUGCACAGCUAUGGUGGCUGAUCAGCGUAAUCCACAGGCUAGAAAUCGAGGAAUGGCUAUGAUAGGUGUUGCCUUCUCCCUUGGAUUCACACUGGGACCAAUGCUGGGUGCCUAUUUUGCACAACGGACUAAAGAAGUCGAUGAGUUUUAUCAGGGACCAGCUUUAUUAGCCCUGGCUUUCUCUGUUGCGGAUCUGUUCUUCAUCUUAUUCAUGUUACCAGAAACUUUACACAGAGACAAUGAGGUUAAUGACAUUAACCUAGUGGUUCAGGGGCCUGGAGACCUUCUUAACCCAGUGGCACUUUUCAGCUUCACAGCCAUUACAAGAACCGAUGGUUCAUCCUCUGUCCAGAAAAAGAAGAACCUUAAAGUUUUGGGCAUGGUGUACUUCACAUACCUCUUUCUGUUCUCUGGACUGGAAUUCACGCUGAGUUUUUUAACACACCAGCGUUUUGGAUUUUCCAGCAUGGAACAGGGCAAGAUGUUCUUCUUCAUUGGUGUUACCAUGGCACUUAUUCAGGGGGGAUGGGCCCGGAGGAUCAAACCAGGGCAUCAGAUCAAGACAGUUCGUUUGGCUCUCAUAUCACUUAUUCCAGCUUUUCUGAUUAUUGGAAUUGCUUGGAAUAUGCUGUUGCUGUACACAGGACUGGUGUUGUACUCAUUUGCUGCUGCUGUUGCUGUUCCUUGUCUGUCCGCACAAGUUUCUGAGCAUGGUUCAUCCAGGCAAAAGGGUAUGGUAAUGGGCAUCCUCCGCAGUCUGGGAGCACUUGCACGGGCAUGCGGACCUAUUGUUGCUUCAUCUGUCUAUUGGUUGGCUGGAGGAGAAACUUGCUUCAUCAUCUACGCAGGCCUCUUCUUUGUGCCGCUGAUGUUACUGAGCCAAUUAGAGAAAUGCAAAGAUGACUGAUGAGAAUUUGAAGAUCCAAAACAUCUUCUAAUAGUACACUGAAGCACUUUAUAUAAAAGCAGGGCAGAAUGCCACACUCCAGUGUAAUAUACACAAUGUUCACCAGCCAUGCAAAUAAGCAAAGAUGUUUAAAUUCAGGGCUGUUAUAGAUAACUUUUAGUUGUACUAACUAACAAUACAAAUGUAUUGAAUGUAGUGUUAGUUUUGGUAAGUUUGGGAUCUAUACAACGUGAUUUACCCAAACAUUGCAUAGUGUACUUAAUAAAAAUAAUACAAGACGUGUGUUUCUACCCCAAAAACAAGUCUACUUAUGAGAAAUAGCUGAACGACAGAAGGAAAGCUAAACCAGCUGACAAGUAGGAGUAUAAGGAUAAGGUAAAUGAUCUGGCUAUUCAUAUUAAUAUUACAUGCUGUGGGCAACUGUAUUUCACAAUACCCUCCACACAUCUUUUGAUGAUUGUAUUAGUACAUAAACACAUCAAAGAUCUUGUUGAGACUGCAUCCCUGAUAGGGUGGUGAUAAUGAUGUUUUGGAAGAGCUUUACCACUAUGACCACUAACCGUGAUCACGACAACAUGCCACUAAUGACAGAGGUUGGAUCUUUUAAUUGAAAAUGACAAAAGAAGUUAGUGUAUCAAAGUCGUUGAGGCAGGAUAAAUUGUGUUUUGAAUUGGCCCAGUCAGAGUUUCAACUCUUCAACUCUUUAUUUUAUUAUUAUUUUUUUAAACAGAAGGAAAUUACACAAAUAUGUUUUUAUUAUUAUUAUAAGUGCUUCUGUUUUAAAGAGCGAGACCAACUGUUGUGUGUGACUGAUAUACAGCUUGUGUAAAAAUGUGCAUGUUAAUUCAUUGUUGUUUACAUACUUUUUCCACACUUUGACCAUUUAAUGGAUCAUUUUGUCAAUAAAAUAAUAUGGUAGUACACUACUUUUUGUAAAUAAAGUUUGCCCUGCUUUAUUGGUUUUUAUGAUUGGUUUGAAGAGCUGAUCACACGUCAGUUAUUGCAUAUUUAGAAUGCAUCUAACAUAUUUAAGGGUUUCACUUACUCUAUAUCACUGCUGUAUAUUACACACCACCGAGUAUAAAGGGAUUUAAGAAAUUCACCUUUUGGUUAGUCAAACACUGGAAAAAUUAGUACUAUUCUUAAAAAAAAAAAAAAAAAAAAGGUUAGACAAGCAAUUUUUACUGGCUGGUUGAUCAGUUGCUUUAAAAUGUUUGAUUGCACAUCAUGAUUCAAGAGGACAGAUUGUUGUGAACAUAUUUUGGGAUUAGAGAGGUGGACUCAAAAACAAAUGUUACAAGUUAUCAUUGGAUUUUAUUGACUCACACAUUUUAUUAUGCCCAAACAU